UACAUGAGCCUUUCUCCCUCUCUCUCUCUCUCUCUGAGCGAAAAUGAGAAAACCUUGCUGUGAAAAAGAAGGCACGAACAAAGGAGCUUGGUCUAAACAAGAAGACCAAAAACUCAUUGAUUACAUUAAAUCUCAUGGAGAAGGCUGUUGGCGAUCUCUCCCCAAGGCUGCAGGGUUGCACCGCUGUGGCAAAAGUUGUAGGCUAAGAUGGAUAAACUAUCUAAGGCCAGACAUCAAACGUGGAAACUUUGAGCAAGAUGAAGAAGACCUCAUCAUCAAACUACAUGCCCUUCUUGGCAACCGGUGGUCGCUGAUUGCUGGAAGGUUGCCGGGGAGGACGGACAACGAGGUGAAGAACUAUUGGAAUUCUCACAUCCGGAAGAAGCUAAUUAAAAUGGGCAUCGAUCCCAAUAACCAUAGGCUAAACCAGAUCAUUCCUCGUCCGAAUCCUCAAAACGACUGUGUUUCUGCCGCUGCAACAUCAUCUGGAUCAAUGAGCAAUAUUAGUGCAUGUACUAAAGCACCAAUCAAAUCUUCACGUGAAAUUGAUCAAAGGGCCUCACAAGCUACAAGUGUUCUUGAAGAUGAAACUUCUGGUUCAUCAUCUCGUGACUUGAAUCUCGACCUCACCAUUGCUUUUCCUAAUCCUCCACUUCAAGUUGAGGAAGAGAUGCAAAAAAAUAUUAAAGGGUCCUUCACUAUGGCGAGAGAAAUCGAAACCACCCUUCAGCAUUCACCCACUCUUGCUCUUUUUAGAUAAUACAUAUAAUUUGGAGAAGGAGAUGAAUUGAUCUCUAGCUAGCUGAUCUUGGCCUGGAAUUGGAAAAGGAGGGAAUUACAAGGGGAAUUAUUGUUUGGCUGAUCAAGAACUUUGGCUAGUAUUGACAGAUAGCUAGCAAAGACUAAUGGAGGCACUAACAUGGAGAGAAGGGCCAAACACUUCUUCAUGACAGGCAGCUAGAAUAUUGAUUCCAUUGUAAAGAAAAUCUCAUUAGGCUAUAUAAAUUCUUGGAUGUAGCAUACAAAUUGGAGAUGAACUGCAAAAAUCAGUUGAUCACCAAGAAAUGAAUAUGCAUGGGAAGGGAAAUGUGUGGUGAUUGUAAUUUGUGUUCAGGCAGGGGAGAAUUGAUGUUGAAUGACUAAUAAGCUAGAGGAGUACUAUAUGGUACAUAUCUUAUUUUUAUAGGAGUUUUUAGUUUUAAAA